AUGACUACCAACGAAUUUCUCUUGAAGCAGGGCCAGGAACGGGUAUUUAAAUCAUCAUCUCCCCCUUCGGUAGAUGCCUUCAAAUCGCUUUGUUCCCAAACCGCCACAAAAGAAGAUUACCCACUUGCAACAGACAUCGAGUGCAACGUACCCAUUUACAACCUCGCCAACUACUCAACCUUGACAGAAGGCCAAAAGUCCGCUUUACAAGAUGAGUGGUACAAAGUCCUUCUACAAGGACCUGGAGUCUUCGUCACAACCAACCUCUACCAGGAUCUAGACUUGAUCGAUAAAUCAACAGCGGCCUUUUACGAAAUUAUUAAGAAAGAAAGCGCGAAGACAACCGGCGAUCACUUCGCCGUUGCUGGAAAGAAUGAUCGAAUCUGGAACUCAUUCAGCAAGCACGGCCUCCAAGACCCUGAAUCUUUCUUCCGAUACUUCUCGAAUCCUUACCUCGACCUCAUCUUUGCUUCAUGGCUUGGUCCUGGAUAUCGCAUCACAGCUCAAGUCAACAACGUCCGGCCUGGAGGUCAGCCACAAGUUUCCCACCGUGACUACCAUCUAGGCUUCAUGUCCGCAGAAAACUGCGGUAGAUAUCCCAGAGCUAUGCAAGUUGCUAGCCAGUGCUGCACUCUACAGGGCGCUAUAGCACAUAUCAGCAUGCCUCUCGAGAGCGGCCCAACGCGACUCUUACCCUUCAGCCAAGCUUUUGCUCCUGGGUACAUGGCAUAUCGUCUCCCUGAAUUCAACCAAUUCUUUCUGGAAAACUACGUCUCGCUUCCGCUGAAGAAGGGGGAUGGCUUGUGGUUCAACCCAGCUCUGUUCCACGCAGCGGGAGAGAACAAAUCUACAGACAUCAAUCGGCUCGUCAAUCUCUUCCAGAUUAGCAGUGCUUUCGGAAAGCCGAUGGAGACUGUUGAUGCGGUACCUUUGAUAGAUAGCACAUGGGAUGUUCUAUCUGCUACGUACAAGAAACAUGGGCUGAGCGAAGAGGUCGAAAUGUUCAUUUCUGCGGUUGGAGAAGGGUACCCUUUCCCGACUAAUCUGGAUAAUAAUCCGCCGAGAAGCGAAAACAUGGCACCCGACUCGGAACAAGACGUUAUCAGAGAUAGCUUAGUGAGGGAGAAGACCAAAAUGGAGGUUUUAGCUGAUCUUGCAGAAUUUCGUGCCAAGGUCAAAGCUUAG